AUGCAAAAUCUUGCUGAGGUUAAUAGGAGUGCAGUGCGUGAAAGAAAUAUGUUGAUGGUAAAUGUGGUGUUCAACAAGAACAUUCAUCGUGACAUGAACAGGUACAAUGUUCCUACAACGGGCGAGAUCGCGAUGAUAUUCAGCGAAACACAGCUGCCAUUCAUACUCAAGAGAAGACAGUUUCCGGUUCUUCUUUCGUUUGCGAUGACAAUCCACAAGUCACAGGGCCAGUCAUUUGACAAGGUAGGUGUUUAUCUGCACAGCCCGGUCUUUGUGCAUGGUCAGUUGUAUGUAGCUCUGUCGAGAGUG